AUGGCCGCAAUGGGCUCUAAUUCAGGUCGAAAUGUCGAUGUUGCCAUUAUUGGCGCAGGACGAGCUGACUGGGUGCUGCGUGGACAAGGCUGGUAUGGCCUCGUAGCUGCUCGAACCUACCUUAGGCUCCGUCGGAACACCAAUCUCUUGAUUAUUGACUCAGACUCUACCGUGGGUGGGGUAUGGAGCGAGAGCAGGUUAUAUCCGAACCUGGUAGCCCAAGUCAACCUGGGCCUUUUUAAUUUCACCGACGUACCUAUGCCGGCUACAGGCGUCAACGACAAAAAUCAAGUCACCGGACGCAUGAUUCACAACUAUCUUGCUGCUUUCGCCAAAGACAAUGAUCUCCUGCAUCGUAUCCGCUUCAACACUCACGUGGACAAAGCGGUCCGAUGUAGGCGAGGCUGGCGCCUCUCGUUCAAUAACUCCAGCGACACCGUUGAUGCCGAGAAGCUCAUUGUCGCCACUGGAGUCACCUCGAUCCCCAACAUGCCGGUGUAUACAACCGAAGAGGUUACCGUGCCUGUGGUUCACUCGCGCGAUCUCGGCCAAUCGUACUCGGAACUGCAGCAGGCCGACAAGAAACACAUCAUCGUCGUCGGCGCGGCAAAGUCGGCGUACGAUGCCGUGUACCUUUUGCUUUCCAUGGGAAAGAAAGUGACUUGGGUCAUCCGCCCAGACGGUGCUGGGCCGCUCGCCAUCUUGCCGGCAGAGCUCCUGGGGAUCUGGACGAGCAUUGGAGUCGCAUCAACACGCCUGAUGACAGCCCUGAGUCCUUCUAUCUUCAAUACUGAAGGCUUCCUUUACCGCAUUUUCCAGAAAAACCCCUUAGGCAGGUUGUUCACAGGCCUUUUCUGGGACGUUGUCGCCUUUCUUAGCGAUCUGCAUGCUGGGUAUUACAAAAAUGAUCACGUUGCGAAACUCAGGCCAGAAGUUGACGGUAAAGGAAUCUUCUGGGCCAACUCAGGCCUCGGCGUCGUCACCCUUCCGGAUUUCUGGAGCACAAUCCACAAGGGUGACGUCACAAUUGUGCGCGACGCCCUCGACUCCCUCAACCAUAACACACUGCGACUUCGAUCAGGAAAGGCCGUGCAGUCGGAUUUCAUAAUCAUGUGUACAGGCUGGGGAGAUCAUUUUGCUAUGUUCAAUGAGGCGUACAAGACGGAGAUUGGACUACCCGUGAGAAGCAAGACGUCACUCGAGAAGGACCCCGCCGACACCGAGUGGGAGCGAAUCGACCAGAAGGCCGAGGCUGUUGUUGACGCGAAGUUACCCUUCCUCGCCAAGGGCCCUAUCCUGAAGAACCCCCAGAGCAGCUCCAGGCCUCAGUGCCGCUGGAGGCUAUACCGCCGGGUGGUGCCUUUGUCGCUCGCUGAAAAGGGAGACCGGUCUCUCGCCAUCUUGGGCCAGAUUCACACGGUGCAGACGCCGCUAGUAUCUGAGAUACAGUCGUUUUGGGCCAUACUUUAUUUACUAGACGAGCUGGAGCUGCCGGAUCACGACACCAUGGUCAGGGAAAUUGCCGAGUGGAACGCCUGGACUCGCAAGCGCUACCUGAGCCAGGGCCAAAAGUUUCCCUACUCGCUUUAUGAUUUCCUCCCCUACAUCGACACACUGUGCAACGACCUGGGCAUCAACUCGCGUCGAAAGUCCAACGCUCUUGCCGAAGUCUUCUCGCCCUAUCGCCCCAAGGACUUCAACGGCUUCAUCGGAGAGUACUUUGCCAACAAGGCGAAAAGAAAAGGUGCAGUGAUGCCUCCCAAAUCCUCCCACCAAUUCGUCGUUGAUUGA